UUAUUUUUAUUCGUAUUAGCGACGUAGCAGAGUCAGGAACGAGCCCACUCACAAAACAUUUCACUUUGUACUACACACCUCAGCAUUUAGUUACCAAAUACCUAUUAUAAUUUUUUCAAUAAUUUUCAAAUUGUGCGUAAUAAAAUAUGGCUUUUUUAAAUAAGAUUGCUACCACGUCCUUUCGAAAUUUGGCAUCACGUAGCUAUGGUGGUAUCGCUCACGUCAUACCUACUGGUCCUUCCUUCGGCAUAACCGAAGACCAAAAACAAAUGCAGGAACUCGCACGCAAAUUCGUACGCGAAGAAAUCAUACCAGUAGCGGCACACCACGACAAGACUGGCGAAUAUCCCUGGGAUAUUGUGAAGAAAGCAUGGUCGUUAGGUUUAAUGAACAGUCACAUACCCGCCGACGUUGGUGGCAUGGAUCUCGAUUGCUAUACGAGUUGUCUGAUUGCCGAAGAGUUGGCUUACGGUUGCACUGGCAUUAUGACCGCCUUGGAGGCGAGUAGUUUGGGCCAAACGCCUGUUAUAAUGGCUGGUAAUAAAGAACAGAAGAAGAAGUAUUUAGGGCGUCUGUUAGAGGAGCCGAUUGUAGCCGCUUAUGGUGUUACAGAGCCCGGUGCGGGCUCAGAUGUUAACGGCAUUAAAACGAAAGCCGAACGCAAGGGUGAUGAAUACAUUUUGAAUGGACAAAAAAUGUGGAUAACCAAUGGUGGUGUGGCGAAUUGGUACUUCGUGUUAGCGCGCACUAAUCCCGAUCCAAAGGCGCCAGCCUCGAAGGCCUUCACCGGAUUUAUUGUAGAGCGAGAUACACCCGGCGUAACGCCCGGUCGCAAGGAACAGAAUAUGGGCCAACGUGCGUCCGAUACGCGCGGCAUCACAUUUGAAGAUGUGCGUAUACCCAAGGAAAAUGUGCUGAUUGGUGAAGGCGCUGGUUUCAAAAUUGCUAUGGGUACAUUCGACAAAACACGCCCACCUGUUGCUGCUGGCGCAGUCGGUUUGGCGCAGCGCUGUUUAGACGAAGCGUUGAAAUAUUCACUGGAGCGCAAAGCUUUCGGUGUGCCGAUCGCUUAUCAUCAAGCUGUGCAAUUUAUGCUCGCCGACAUGGCUAUUGGCGUGGAAACAUCUCGUCUUGCCUACCGUCUCUCUGCGUGGGAAGUUGAUCAGGGUCGCCGUAACAGCUACUAUGCUUCGAUAGCGAAGUGUCAUGCUGCGGAUAUGGCGAAUAAAAUUGCCAGCGAUGCUGUGCAGAUAUUCGGCGGAAAUGGCUUCAACACCGAGUACCCAGUAGAAAAGCUGAUGCGUGAUGCCAAAAUCUACCAAAUUUACGAAGGCACUUCUCAAAUCCAACGUCUGAUCAUAUCCAGAAAUAUGUUUGAAGAGGCGAAACAGUCUUCAAAAUAAGCUAAGAAAUUUAUUUAUAAAAAACAAAAAAACAAAAAUAAAAAUGUGUAUUUAGUGAAGUGUA